UACAAGGCAUCUCUCGGAAUGCCAGAGAAACUUCACACAAUCGUUGCCGGAAGGUCCAAACUCAGGCAACAAGAUUUCAGGUUUCAAGAUUUCAGGUUUUAAACUAUCAACUAAAAUUUCAGGUUUUCAAUACAUUUACUUUUGAUAUAUCGAAGCUGAAAGACCUAACUUGCGCAACAAGAUUUCUGAAACCCUAAUUCUUUUCUUGCAGAGGAGCUUCCACAAGUGCAAAAGAAGAAGAUAGAGUCCCCUGCUGCUUUUGCUUUAGCUACAUUCCUGAAGCUAAGGCACAAGAAGCAGAUCCUUAUGACAUAUACCAACAAUUCGAGAUCCAUCAACGCAGAGCAUUAUCUCGCUAUAACACAGCUAUUUCUGUUGCUCCUAAUGGGAUACCACCUGAGUUCCUUAAGAGGAAGUAUUGGACCGUUGAGUACUCAAACUCUCAAGAUUUUGGUUUGAGAGAUGAUGCAAAGGGAAUCAACGCUGAGCUUCGUUCUGAGCUUCCCAACGAUGUGAAUACAAGUGUUGUGGUAGGGAAAUGGUAUGUCCCUUUCAUAUUCGUGAAAGAAGGAGACGCAAAAAAUCAGAUUAAAAACUCGACUUAUUACAGCAUGACUCUUAAACAAAGAUGGGAAGAGGUUUACUCAUAUGAAAACGUUAGUGAAGCAAGUGAGGUUGUAGUUGAUGUUGAAGUAGAAACAGAAGUGGUGAAGCUUGAGGGAGAAGCAACCAAUCUGAGAGAGACUGGAGCUUAUGGAGUGGUUUGGUUUAGUGUCUUAAGGGAUGAGAGACAAGACAAGAAGAUAGGUCUUGGGUCAGUGGUCGUGGAGAGGAUUAAGUGGGAAGAGGAGAGGUUCGGGUGGUUAAACAAAGGCGAUGAAGUAAGGUCUAGCAUCAAGAGAACAGAGAGAUUCGAAGGCGGUUCAUCACAGUGGAAGAGUUAUAAAUGCUAUGUUCUUGUAGAGAGCUUUGAAUUAAAGAGAAUGGAUGGGAGUUUGGUGUUGACAUAUGAGUUUAGACAUGUUGAUAAGUUGAAGAGCAAGUGGGUUUGAGUUUAUUCAGUUUCUUUGUGUGUCAUGUGUGCAACUUAUGGUGUGUUCAUUUAAUAGAAGAUCUAAUAACAUUCAUGUAAACUCUGUUUAAUGAA